AUGUUCUUCGCUCCACUGACAAGUAUAUUUUUGAUUUCAGAAUCAGCUACGUUGACACCCGAAGCAAACACUACCCAUUUUCCAACUUCAAAAGGUAACCAACGUUCUGUUGCCGAUCCAGAUUCACCAAGACCAUCAUCAUCAAAGCAGAAAAUAUUUGUUGGAGCGGGUGUUUUUGGUUGCGUCGUUUUUGCAGUAUUUUUUGGAAUUGGCAUUUAUUGUCACCAGCGAAAAAAGAAGUUAGGAAAAGGAGCUAAAUAUGGUCUUGAUUGCAGUCCCAAACAAAGCGAAAUGGCUGUGGAAUACAUUGCACCGGACCCGUCCGUUGUUGGCUCCUCACCAUCCUGCGAGUUAACUGUUCCAAUGAUGCGUCAGGAAAGUCGUAGCCUCACUAAGGUUUCCGAAGUAGACAUAACAGUGGGCGAGAACUGGGAGAUCGGCAGAGAACUUAUCAACCUGCAGGAAGUUCUCGGGGAAGGCGCGUUUGGAAAGGUCAUGAAGGCGGAGGUGUUUGGAAUUCCCAACAUGCCUUUCAGAUGCCAUGUCGCGGUCAAAAUGCUAAAAGGUGAGUUUUGUAUUUAGGUGUUGUUUAUAAAACCUAGCUUUGCCAUUGCAAUCAUUAACUUUUGUAUUUUUUGCCGCAAUGGAAAAAAGUCAAGACGGGAAAGAGAACAGGAAAAGGAAAAUAAUAAAAAAGUAAAAAAAGUUGAAAGAAAGAGAAGAAAAGCAAAAAUAUUAAGACUCAAACCCAGGACCAGAGGCAAAUAGGGUCAUACCGCCAGACCACGAAAACAAAAGAACAGAUGCUAUUUAAAGCUACCUUAUUUACUUUGAUACAGUCUUCUAGAAAUCAACUCAAGAAAAAAAAACUGUCAUCAUUUGACGAAUUGAACGAGAUGAAAUAAACGCGAAAAAAGUUUGAAGCAGCGCGACAAGCCAUAGCCGCGGAAGGCCACAGGGUAAGACAUGGCACAGGCUUAUCAGUGGCCUAGCGCAGGUUUUGUAUACACACCCGAAGUAAGCACUUCCCUUAAAAAUUUCGUAGCCGCUAAUUCUCCUACUGUGAUCUCGCUAUAGUUUGGAAAAGGAUUCUCCAAUUCCUUCCGAUACAACUACCGUGAUCCUCCCGUCUAUUUCCAAGAACGAAGUAUUCCAUCUCUUGCUAAUGAAUUGAGAGAUGGAUUGAGCAAGUGGAAUGUUUUCAAAAUGUAUGCCCCACUGCAAAAUAGCGACUUAAACUUUGAUACCUUGCCUAAGUGAAACAAAAGAACAACAACAAGACAAGAAAAAUAUGAGACAAAAACAGGCCGGUACUCGUGGUUUUUAGGCACUUUUAUACUAACGUGUUCGAAAGCGUCCGCCUCGAAAACCCCACAUCGAAACCAUCGUUUUGGAGUUGUUUCUGGUAGUCCACACUCAAAUAUCGAAAACGCCUUCCUGCAUGGCAAUGAAUCUUCGCAGUCGCCAGGUUAUUCUCAGAUAUUUGUAUCAAUAAGCGCGCCUACUCCAAGUAACAGUGCUACGUCCGUCUUUUCCCGCCUUUUUUGACUUGUUAAACAAGUGUUUAGAAACUUAAUGGAGGUCUUCUAAAACCUCCAUUUUUUUGUAGUAUGAGCACAAGCCCAGAACGCCCAAAAAGGCUUCGUUUUCAAACGAAAGAAAACUAGCGUGGUGGAGGUCAUAUAAUACUUAAAUAUUUAACAAUAGGACUGUAAUGUCAACUCCUGCAUUUCAGAGGAUGCCACAGAACUGGAACACACAUAUCUUGUAUCAGAGUUGGAGCUAAUGAAGACCAUUGGAAAACACAAGAACAUAAUCAAUUUGAUUGGCGUCUGCACUCAAGGAGGUUAGUUGACGGAGAAAUUGGGUGGAGAAAUUGGAGUUCUCCCCUACGGAAAACAAGAAAAAAUAUAUCCCUUCUGUAAACUUGAAGGUACACUCUUUGCCUGUGUUAUGAAGUAGUCUUGUGGUUAUUUUUGACAUUAUUAUCAUAAGGAUUUUUGAUGACAGUUCUGUUUGUUCUUUGUUCUUCCCGUGAUUUAAGUUUCGUUAUGUUUGGGUUUGAGAAUCAAGGUUAACCAAUAUAUGCGUUAACAGGUUUUUGAGUGUUAUUACCUUUUUAAUGGGUUUGUCGACAGAAGUGUCAUCAAGCUUGGGGUUUAAUUGAGUUUGAUUGUCAGUUUUUAAGUGGGUACGUUUUGGGACCAUUGCUGACCUUGAUUAUUACCUACAUCAGAGUUCCUGUUUUGGUUUAAGGUUUAGCCUCGUGGAUUUAGCUGUCGAGCUUUCAUUGGUUUUCUUGUAGGAUUGUUUAUUCCACUUUUGUUUACAACGGGAAAUUCGUUAGAAGUCAUUCGGAAUAGCUUUCGUAACUCUCAUGAUGAGCAAGCCUAAACGUACCUGCCUUAUGCUUAUAUAAGUUGUAUAGUUGGAUGGUUAGUAGAGGGUGAUUAGCUGUUGUAAGAAGCUGAGCUGAGGACUUUUGUCUUGCCGCCAGUAAUUAAAGGAAGAAAGUAUCAAAGCUCUGUCAGAGUCCUGGAGUACUCUCCCUAGAGGAGCUGUCCCCGUCGAAGUAACCCCUAACAUAUUUGGUGGAGAAUCCGCUUAAAGAAGUCGAUUGUGAGUGGAACAUUGUUUGUUUUUUUUUUUUAGCAUGCCUUUCUGUUGCAAGCUAGUUUAGUUCUUUUUGGCAUUUGUAAUACGUCGUUUUUCUUUGUAAAUUUAGUCUUCCGUUAAACUCUGUUUUCGUUAGUGUUUCUUGUCGCUGCAAUGGGUCAAUUUCAAUGUCGGGUUUUCUGUUAGUGUUUUGGUGGCAUUUUGCUUUCCCCAUGUUUUUGAAUAAGUACAAGUUUUGUUCUUCAGCGUUGGGAGACUUGGCUUAAUCCUGAUUACUAGGCGUAGAGCGCGUUCCCUGGCUGAACGGGCUUCUAGCCAGGAAAAUUUGGGUUUGUCUCCGAGUUCUAAUGAGUGGCCUGCCCCUCCUCCACCCGUUCCUCAGUCUAGAGAAUCAUUGUUUCACUCGUUUUUAAGGUCAGUUAGGUCUAAUAGGGCCGAGGCCCAAGAUCAAGUGUUAAGUGCAAUUCCAACUCCUAGUGAAGAUACCUCUAUAUCUUGGUGCUCUAGCAAUCAGGGCGUAAAUUCGCAAGAGGAGGUAAUUUACGAAGACAUAGUGCCGAGUGAAAUUAAUGCUAGUCGCGAUAAUGUAAGUGUUGAUUCAAUUGAGCGUAAUAGUGAUUCAUCUUCAGAUAGUGAGUUUAGUGCUUUGGAGUCAGGUGAUUUGUCUCUUGCCCCAGCCUACGCCGAGAUGGAAAAUCAGGCUAAUCAGUUGUGUCAGGCAGUUGAGCGAAUGCAGGCGUCGAUUAACUCACAAAGUAGAAACGUCAGUGUUAAGUCGUCAGUUACUUUCCCUGUUUUUAGGGGUGAUGAGUGCGAGGAUGUUCAUAAAUUUAUUAGGAAUUAUAAAAGAUCUGGUCGUUGGAAUGGUUGGGACGACGUUAAUUUGUCCUUGGGUCUUCCACUCUAUUUAAAGGGUCAUGCCAGCGUGUGGUUUAACACGUUGCCUACACCAGAUGAAAUGUCUUUUGAUGAAUUAUCCGAGGAGUUAGUUACUCAUUUUGGGUCCGGAGCCAGCGAGUGGCGUGUAAGGCAGGCACUAGGCCAGAGUCGGCAGUUAGAAAAAGAAUCUGUUGCUGACUACUCUUAUAGUCUCCGUACUCACUGUGCUAGAAUAAACUUGCCUAGAACUGAAUGGACGCAUUAUUUUGUUCAGGGGCUUCUCCCCGAAAUGCGUGAGUAUGUAGUUUUGCAGCAGCCUGAGAGUUUGGAGGUGGCCGAAAAUUAUGUGAGAUUGAAAGAGUCGGUGUUGGCUACUUCCGGUAAAAAAGAGGAAUUUAGUCCUAAGGAAGUGUCUGCGCAGAUAUUAGAGGAGCUUUCAAAGGCAAUCGGUUCCAAGGAUAAGUCACCCGCAGUUAGUGUCAUUAAUCAAAGAGAGCCCUUUGUGAGUAAGUCUGAAAUGAAACAAAUUGUUAGGGACGAGUUUCGAGAUUUAAUGGGAACUGCUAGUACUAGACCUAAUAGUUUUAAUCAACGCUAUAAACAGCCUUUUCAGUCAAGAGGUUUGCGUUCUCGUUUUGGAGACGCUAUUUGUUAUAAUUGUGGAAAGAAAGGACACACUUAUUAUUAUUGUCGUUCGAGGCCUGACCCUCGAGUUCCUCGCCGUGUGGGUAAUAGACAGAGUUAUUUUCAGCCUAAAAGUCAAGUAGGUUCUAGUUGGCAAUCUAAUCAGCAGGGAAACUAAAACGCGCCCCUGUCUCGUUGCAAAAUGAACCCGUGAUGGGGGCUUCAAAAGUUGAAAAAAAGAGUUUAAAUUUAUCGUCGGGGGCAUGCAAAACUGAUAAAUCUGCUUUCAGCAAAGUGCUUCCUGAUGGGGUUUCUGUUAUCGCGGAAAAAGAAUUUGAUGAAAAUGUUGUUGGUAAAGAUAGUGAUCAAGCUUCGUCAAAACAAUCUUUUGAAUCUUCGGAUGUUUGUCAAUUUUCGCGGUUAAGUCAAAAUAGUUUUUCUAAGCAAGGCACGUGUGUUGAAAGUAAUGUUGUGAUUAUCUUAACAAUUAUUUUUGCUAUCACUAUUAAGUUACUAGAGUUGUUUGAAGGAAUUGUCACAAGUAUCAAUGAUGUUCUUAAUCGACCGUCCAGAUUUCGUAACAAAAGUGAGUGUUUUUCUUUCGGCGCGAAUUCGCCAGUUUCUUCUGUUUCCUCUGUUGGAAAGGAGUGUCCCGAAUAUUUUUGUGGGGAAUUGAGACAAGAAAAGCCCCAAAAUUUUAAAUACGUUGUUCCCAAAGAAGGAAAAUUAACUUUUGAGAAGGUCGAUGUUAUCGAUUUUGAUCCGUUAGAUGUUGGUGAUGUUACGGUUAAAGAUGUUGUCUCUGAAGAUGUUUUGAUCAAUAAGAUAAGUGAUAGCGACGUGUAUUCAAGUGGUAAUGCAGUGAAUAUUAAAAGAGGAUCAUUUAGGUCUUCGGAAGUCGAUGAUUUGGUUACUCUUGGCAGUGAAACAAAAACGCUGACCCGAAGUGAGGUUGGUUCGCCUGCGGGCGCUUUGUUGAUUAAUUCUCCAAGUGUUGGGGAUAAACUAAAAUUAGAUACGGUUAAUGGUAUUUGUGUUCCUUUCGUGGCUGAAAAUUCUACUUUGCCUAUUAAUAUAACGGGUCACAAUUUUUAUUGUUUGAUAGAUUCUGGGGCUGCUGUCACGGCAGUCAGCGCAAAAGUGUGGCGUGAGUGUUUGAGUCACGCUUAUCCGAGUCUGGACAAGUGUAGUUCAGAAUGUGUGACCUCAGUAAAUGGGUGUCAACUGACUACAAUUGGGAAGUUGUUGGUGGAGUUUGUUAUUGAUUUUCAUGCUUUUCCUUUCGAGGCGCACGUGAUUGAGGAUUUGACUUGUGACGUAAUUCUUGGUAGAGAUUUUCUACAAAAAUUUUGUUUCACAAUUGAUUUUGAAAAUGGAACGCUGAGUUUUUUCCCUGAGUCUAAUCCUUUGCCUAUUAAGGAUGUUCAGUUAGAUGAUGAUGUUGUUAAUUCUCAAGAAACGUUUAUUUCUUCGGUGCAUGUCUCACGCACAUUCGUCAUUCCACCUCAGUCUGAAAUUCUGGUGCCAGGUAGGUUAGAGGAUUUGCCAGCAAGUGUGGUGAGUAUUAAUGGUAUGUUAGCCCCGAGGACUAAUCUUUGUCACAGGUAUUCUGUAUUUGGAGCUUCAGAGCUUGUCAGUGUUGCAGAUGAUGGAACAGUUCCCGUAAGAAUAGUAAACCCAUCCUUUCAGCCUGUGAAGAUUUACCGUAGGACUCGGUUGGCUAAUUUUGAGGAGGUAGAUCAAAACAUUGUGACUUCGGAUCCGAUAGGGAAUCCGUCUUUGCCUGAUUCAUGCAGUGACCAGUUCGAACAGAGUGAUUAUUCUGAAUUGCCUGAUUUGUCUGAUAGUGUUUUGUCUGAUGGUGAUAGAAUUAAGUUUCGGAAUUUGUUCAAGGAGUAUCGUGAUGAUUUUGCUUUUCCUGGGGAUCAAUUGGGUAGAACUUCCCUUGUUCAGCAUUUCAUAGAUACUGGUGAUGUUAUGCCGAUUAAGCAAAGGCCAUACAGAGCUUCUCCUGAUGUUAAGAAAGAGAUUGACCGUCAAGUGGACGAAAUGCUUAAGAAUGGAAUUAUUCAAGAGUCUGUUUCUCCCUGGAGCUCUCCAGUAGUUUUGGUUAAAAAGAAGGAUGGAUCGUACAGAUUUUGUGUCGAUUUUCGAAAGCUUAAUAAGGUCACUAAACUAGAUAGCUUUCCGAUGCCUUUGGUGGCAGAUGCGAUGGAUUCUUUAGCAGGCACGAGUCUCUUUUCUUGUCUGGAUUUAAAAAGUGGUUUUUGGCAAGUUCGAAUGCAUUCUGGCUCAAGGGAAAAAACAGCUUUCGCCACUCAUAAUGGUCUUUAUGAUUUUCUCACCAUGCCUUUCGGAUUAAGUAAUUCGGGAGCUAGUUUUCAGAGACUUAUGGGGCAUAUCUUAAGAGGAUUAGAGUAUCGUUUUGCUUUUAUUUAUAUAGAUGAUAUAAUCAUAUUUUCUAAGUCUGUUGAAGAGCAUUUGUCUCACCUAGAGGAGGUCUUUCGAAGGCUUCGUGAGCCUAAUGUCAAGCUUAACCCAAAGAAGUGCAAUUUCGUUAAGCAAAAGGUUGAAUAUCUAGGCCAUGUUGUGACUCCGGAUGGUAUUAGCCCCAAUCCUAACAAAGUCUGUGUUGCACAGGAAUUCCCUACGCCCUCUUAUUUGAAAGAACUUAGGAAUUUUUUGGGUCUUGCUAACUAUUAUAGGCGUUUUGUUAAGGGUUUUUCUCAUAUUGCUGCCCCUUUGAAUGCGUUGACUAGAAAGGGCGUUUCUUUCAAGUGGUCAGAACAAUGUGCAGUCGCUUUUGAUAAGUUGAAGCGUGCUUUACUUUCUGCCCCUAAUUUGGCAUAUCCCAAUUUCUGCGAGCCCUUUCUGUUGUUCGUUGAUGCAAGUUCUACGGGAAUUGGUUUUACUUUGGGUCAAGUUCAAAAUGGAAAGGAAGUAGUGAUCGCGUAUAAUGGGCGUGGUUUGAAUCAAGCAGAGAAAAAUUACAGUACGGCUGAAAGAGAAGCACUUGCUUUGAUAGAGGGGAUUAAAAAGUUUCAACCCUAUCUCCACCGUCGUAGAUUUACAGUUGUCACAGAUCACAGCUCUUUGCGUUGGCUAAUGAAUGUUAAGGAUGCGUCAGGUCGUCCUGCUAGAUGGGCUUUACUUCUUCAAUAAUAUGACUUUGAGAUAGUUCAUCGCCCUGGUAAGGUUCACGGUAACGCCGACAGUUUGUCUAGGCGUCCGUAUGUAACAUCUGAGUUCAAUUCUCUCUAGAGGGAGGAUCCACAGGUUUCAAAGACUCGAGAAAUGCAGAGGCGUGAUGUCGAGUUGAGUGAGAUUAUUGAUUUUCUUGAAAGCAAUGUGUUACCAUUUGAUGAUCAUGCCGCGCGUAAGGUUUUGCUCACCAGUAAUGCUUUUUAUGUUGGUCAUGAUGCUUUACUUUACCAUUUAGACUCUGAGCGUAGGAGUACUUCUUAUGACUCAUUUUCUCAGCUUGCUGUGCCAGCGUCGUUGAGGUUUGAAAUAUUGUCCAACGUCCAUGAUCAUGUUUCCGGUGCGCAUUUUGGUGUACAUAAAACGUUUGAUAAAAUCAAGCAGAGAUAUUGGUGGAAAGGGAUGUAUAAGAAUGUUGAGCAUUGGUGUAAGUCGUGUACUGAGUGUUCUAUGAGAAAGUCGCCUAGAAAUUCGAAGAAAUUCGAAGAAGGCCCCUUUGCUUCCAAUUCCAGUUGAGGGUGCAUUCGAUAGAGUAGCUGUGGAUGUUUUGGGACCCCUCCCACCGUCAAAUAAGGGCAAUAGGUACAUUGUGGUGUUCAGUGAUUACCUCACUCCUUGGUGUGAGGCUUUUCCAGUUCCGAGUGUUGAGGCAACAGUGAUCGCUCGUCUUUUAGUUGAUGAGAUCAUUUCUCGGCAUGGUGCCCCAAGGGUAUUACUUUCUGAUAGAGGGCAAACUUUUUGUCCAAAAUUGUAGCUGAAGUUUGCAAAAUAUUUCAGAUUCACAAGGUCUUUACUUCUAGUUACCACCCUCAGACCGAUGGUCUAGUUGAAAGGUUUAAUUCUACCUUAUGUCAGUUUCUCUCGAUGUAUGUCGCCAAAAAUCAGAAAGACUGGGAUGAUUUUAUUCCACUUGUUUUAUUUGCUCAUAGGACUUCCGUUUUAGAAGUAAUCGGCGAUUCCCCUUUUUAUGUUUUGUAUGGGCGCGAACCCCGUUUGCCUACUGAUGUUAAGUAUUUGCGUCUGGAUUCCGAUAAUAUGUCUUCCACAGUUUUAGAGUAUCGUAAGCGUGUUGUUGAAAAGUUAGAAAUGGCGCAAAAUUUAACAAGAGAGAAUUUGCAGCGGUCUCAGCAGAAAAUGAAAGAUUAUUAUGAUCGAAAUGUUAGGGAACCUGUUUUUGAAGUUGGUCAGCGUGCUUGGGUUUAUACCCCUGGGUCUAAAAAGGGUUUGUCCAAGAAGCUCUUACAUAAUUGGUUAGGGCCAUACAGGAUUGUCGAGAAGUCCUCUCCUGUGCAUUUUCGGUUACGUACAGACACCAAUAAGAAGGUUACUUUUGCGGUUCACGCUAACCGAAUGAAACCAUUUGUCGAUCCAAAUUUGCGUCCAAUUGACCCUCCACUCGGUUAUGAUCCCAUCGAACCUUAUUUUGACGAGUCAGAUUUGCCAAAGGAUUGCUUUGAACCAGAAGUUCCUGUUGUUGAAAAUGCUAGUGCUAAUGAACAUUUGCGCGUUUCUAACUCUAGAGAGAAUUCUUUGUUAUCAGAAGAUGAAAACGUGUUGGAACAGUCACAGUCACACCCUGAUGACAUAGUAAUAGAUGAUGAGACUGUGUUUCGUGCUGAGAAGAUUCUAAAAUCGCGUAGAAUUAAAGGGAAAAUGCAGUAUCUUGUGAAAUGGUUUGAUUUUCCGAUGAGUGAGUCAACUUGGGAACCAGAAGAAAACAUUUUAGAUAAACGCCUUAUUGACGUUUUUCGUAGAUCACGGAAAUAGUUCAUUGUGUUUAUGUCGUUUACCUGUUAUUUGUGUGUUUCUUUCUUUCUUAGGAAUCAAGAUCGUUUUUUUUUUCUUCAUUUCAUGGAUUCCAUCACUAAAGCUCAGUCAUUGCUUUUCCUUGCAGUGUUUAGUUUGGUUUCCGUUCAAAUUCAUGUAGUAUACGCACAAAAAUUUGAUUCGCUCACUCAGAAAGUCACGUUUUAUCCGGGCUCCUUAUUGAUCAGUCAUUCGCCUAAGCCGCUUACUUUUUAUGAAGAUACUAAACUUUUGAAUGUUCACACAGUGUAUAAUUUUAUUGAGUUCGGUAGGAGUUUUGCUAUGAAUAACCGGUCUUGUUCUCCUCCUAUGGGAAAGUUUUACGACCAGGUUUUGCUAACAAUUCGCAGGUUUCAAAAAGUUAUUUCGUAGGCUUCUUUCUUUGCCAGGCUUUUCAACUUUAGUUGAGUGUGAUACCUAUUUAACGAGGUAUUUUCAGUUCAUGGUUGGUCAAGUCUCGAGAAUGUCAUGUCCAAGAGCAUAUAAAAGUUCUAUUUCCGAGUGUAAAACUUGGACUUUACAGUUUUGCCAUGGCAUUUCUAUGGACGAAAGACAAUGGUUGCUAGAAAACAGGCGUGUUCGUCGUUCAAACUGGAUGUGCCACGCAGGGGGUCUAGGUCUUUUUCGGGCAAUUUACACUGCAAAUGGUCAUAAAUGUGAGGAGAACCAUGUAAAAAACUUGAAGGCCGCCUUAAAAACUCUGAGCCGCGCUAUGUCUAUUUCACAGAGCAUGAUGCGUAUAAUUAAUGGGAAAGUUGUGUAUUUGUUCAAAAUUACUGAUCAGAUAGGCAGUAAGUUGAACGUUUUGGCUAAAGAUUUGAAAAUUGUUGACGAUACCUUUUCUGUUUGGCAGACACAACUUAAAAGAUUUGCUAAUACGGUUAGGUGUCACGAGGGUUUAACUAUGGAGUUUCUUUCCAAGUAUACUGCUGGUCUGAGUCGUGCUUUUGUUGCUUUCCUUAGACUUUUUGAAAUUCAGGGUACUUUAAGUCUGGUUUCCCACUUAAAUGGCAAAACGUUGAUAGGUUACUCAGAUUUACCUAAGUUUGUUGCUUCGCAUUUAUCGGCAAAACUCGUUGUUGAUCCUUCCUUGAAAUUGACCGUAUCAGCUUUUGAGGAAGGUUUGUCUAUUCUAGCAAGUCCUGUGGUUGAUGUUGAGCAUGACGGUCGUAACCUGACUGUUGAUAUUUUAUUGUUGGCACCUGUGAUCGGAGAUCAAAAUGACUUAUGUGUUGUAGAGCGUUUGACGUCGCUUAAGUUUAAUAUUUCGGGAAAGCGUUUCACAGGUCCUGUUCAACAUACAAACCUUGCUUUAAUUUCUUGCGCUAGAUCUAAACAGGUAGUCUCUUUUGAAGCGUUAGAUAGGUGUUUUGGUAGUGAAGUAGGUUUUCUUUGUCCUAAGAAUGUAUUAAAGUCGGUUUCUAGCUUGCAAUGGUUGGGUUUUGCUUGGAAUCCAGAUCUGAAACUUUCAUUCCCGAGGAAUCAUCAACCCGCUCCAGACUGUGACCACAUACAUCCGCUGAUUCAUCUUGGUGGCAGAUAUUUUCUUUUCAAAGUUCUCAGAUAAAAUGGUAUCAGCUAAUGGCGAUUUAUGGAUUAUUUCCUGAAUCUGAAGGUCGCCUGUUUGUUAAUUAGGGGUCAACUUUAUUUUUCAUAACAUAAGUUUAUAAAUGUUUAGCGAUUUUUGAGACAAUACUCAAUUUUUAGCUUCAUUUUUAAUGUUUAUUUUGGUGUUUUCUAUUUGUCGUUCUCCUGAGCAUCGGGGACGAUGCUUUUUCUGAGAAGGGAGGCAUGUUAGGAAGUAGUCUUGUGGUUAUAUUUGACAUUAUUAUCAUAAGGAUUUUUGAUGACAGUUCUGUUUGUUCUUUUUUGUUCUUCUCGUGAUUUAAGUUUCGUUAUGUUUGGGUUUGAGAAUCAAGGUUAACCAAUAUAUGCGUUAACAGGUUUUUGAGUGUUAUUGCCUUUUUAAUGGGUAUGUCGACAGAAGUGUCAUCAAGCUUGGGGUUUAAUUGAGUUUGAUUGUCAGUUUUUAAGUGGGUACGUUUUGGGACCAUUGCUGACCUUGCUUAUUACCUACAUCAGAGUUCCUGUUUUGGUUUAAGGUUUAGCCUCGUGGAUUUAGCUGUUGAGCUUUCAUUGGUUUUCUUGUAGGAUUGUUUAUUCCACUUUUGUUAACAACGGGAAAUUCGUUAGAAGUCAUUCCGAAUAGCUUUCGUAACUCUCAUGAUGAGCAAGCCUAAACGUACCUGCGUUAUGCUUAUAUAAGUUGUAUAGUUGGAUGGUUAGUAGAGUGUGAUUAGCUGUUGUAAGAAGCUGAGCUGUAGGCGUUUGUCUUGCCGCCAGUAAUUAAAAGAAGAAAGUAUCAAAGCUCUGUCAGAGUCCUGGAGUACUCUCCCUAGAGGAGCUGUCCUCGUCGAAGUAACCCCUAACACCUUGCUGCGGAGCCUUUUUGUUAUGACGUUAUGGGUAACAUUGAAAAUUGGUCAUAAGAGCAUCGUAUGCAGCCUUGAACCAAAAAGUAAAAGCACUUUUAUUCAAUUCUUCACUUGUGAUUGCUUAAAUCACAGUCGGUAUUCAGAAGUUAUACAUUACUUAACCGAAGAACAUUGCAGGUCAUUUCAGCAAGACAAAAAGUAGAAUACCCAAGAUUUCGCAAAAUAGGACUUGUUUUUUCUUUAAAGAAUGCAUUUUAACGAUGUUAAACUGUUAUUAUUCCUUUUCCGUUUCAGGUCCACUGUAUGUAGUUGUAGAAUUCGCUCCAAAUGGUAACUUAAGACAGUUUUUGAAGGAAAGUAGGCCAACCGCGGAAAUCCCCACAACCUUAACUGCAUUGAGAGACAGGAGGCCAGUCAGAGAGAACGGUUCAACAGUGACGUAUAUGGACCUGGUUUCCUUCUCUUAUCAGGUCUGCAGAGGAAUGGAAUAUCUGUCUUCGAAAAAGGUGUGUGUCAAGAUGUGGUAUUUUUCAGAUGACUGCCGGAACAAGUGAGCGUCUUACUCACACCAUGCACUGCGUGAAAUAAGUGACUUGGUGGAAUUUGGGUUAAAGACCAAGAACUUUGAAGAGAUGUGUGUGCAUAUGUGGUGGAAGUAUUGAGGGGUCAGUGAUGUAGUUUGGGCAAGAAUCCUUUUCCAACCCAACGUCAACUGUGAAAACAUAUCAUGAUGUUAGAUUCCUUUUGUCAUUGUUCUGUUCAGUUUUGUUAUUUUUAUUGUUCAGGUUGCGUUUCAGUAUUGAUCAAACCCAACGGACGUUGAUUCGUGUUUUCGCGAGCUACGAGUUACCAAGGGCUCGAUCUUCUUGAAGCCAUUCGGUAUUCAUGAAAAGAGAAGUCAUCAGCUAAGGCUAAGGUCGAUAACAAAUUUUUUGUCUUUUUGUUAGUGUAUUCAUCGUAAUCUUGCGGCCAGAAACGUUUUAGUUGCUGAGGAUAAUACCAUGAAAAUUGCAGACUUUGGUCUAUGUAGAGACGUGCAUUUAAAGGGUUAUUACAGAAAAACAACAGACGUGAGUAUAUACACACACACUAUACUUUCUUUUCAUACUCAUCAUUUUGCCAUCUCCGCCCGCAAAUAACAAAAGCUAGACGAUGCCGGCGGAGAGGAAAGGUUACAGCAAUCAUAACAGCUGAUAUUGUAAAGUAACCUAAAUAAACUUUGUGGAUAAAUAAGAAUUACAGAAAAACAAGCUAGCUAAAGAUACAAUAUAUAUAGUCUUACAGAAUGAUAUUACAAGAAAAAUUUACUACUAACAGGACCUAUCAAUUAUUAGUGCAUUUAGUCAAGGCUGCAGAACUUGUUUUUUUUUGUAGGAGAAUGGACACUUCAACAUAAUCGUCCUCUGCUUCCAUUAUCGAGAGCAAAAAGUCAUGAAAAAUGUUUUUUAAAAGCUCCUUUGGAGAGUUGACGAAAUUCGUUAGGAAUUUCGUUCCAAAGUUUAGCUUCAAAUUAAACUUGGAAAAAGAAUCUUGAUUUAGAUUCAAAGUUGAAGUUUUGGACAUAUUUGCAGACGAAGAAACCCUGGUCUCAUGCAUGCUUGUGCUUUGAAUUAGCUUUAGUAACGAGAUCACAGAUGUUAGACGGAGCAUUCAUGCAGGAGACGUCAAACACUAUAGAAGAUACUUUUUCAGCAUAUAACAUUUGUAAGGGUACAAUUUUUGAGGAAAUAAAUAAAGGCACAGCAUGGGCUCUGGGUUCAGAAAAAUACAUCAAACGAAGGACUCGUUUUUGAAGCACGAGAAUUUUUUGUAAAUGGGUUUUGGCAGUUUGACCCCAAGUCGCCAAACCAUAUGUUAGAUAAGGCAAUAUCAAUGAUUGAUAAAUAUUUAAAAGGGUUGUACGUGGGAGGAAGUGCCUAAGACGAGCAACAACACCAACAGUUCUGCUUAUUUUUAACGCGACAUUGUUAAUAUGAAAUUUCCAGCUUAAAUUGCUGUCCAAUAGGACGCCAAGAUAUUUAACAUGGUCUUCACACUGAAGCGUUGUAGGAAAUUGAGUACAGUUAUCAAUAAUUUCAAUGUUAACCGAGUAGUUCAACUUACGUUGAUAUGGACGAAAGAUAACAGUUUGACUUUUUAGCAUUGAGCGUUGACUUAUUUGCAUUGAGCACGGAGUAAAUUUCAAAGGUUCCUUCUUUUUUGCCUUUUUCGAAUAACCACAACGUUACACUGAGCUAACCUAUAACAAGAUCAGCAAUUUCGUCUUUCCCGAGCUUAAAAUUUCCAUUUUUUUUAAAGAAAUAUCCUGUUUACAUGACACGUUAUUAGUAGGGCCAUCCUGGGUAGCUGAGUUUCCUUUCUCCUUUGUUUCACACAGUUCGUUUUACAGGCACUGGACGGUGUCUCUUGGGGUAGAGCUUCCCUACCUUCUUUCUGCAAGCUUGAAACCUGACGAAUAGUUUCGUAGAUAGCAACUCGAAAGAAUAGCAGAAAACGAGCCUGACAGAAAGUAUUUUAUGAAGGAGGGUCAUACCCUCGAAGUCAAAAUAACGAAAACCAAGCCCAGAAAGAGAGCGAGAAAUCUGCAAUCAAUGUCUAGUUUUUUUUAAACUUUAACUUAAGGAACUUUUCUGCCCAUGUAAAAUCUCUUGAACCUGUAAGGGAGAGUGCCCCUACCAUAUUAAACUUACUGUUCAUGAAAAACGAGGCACGGUUCUUCUAACCUCUAGCUAGAGGCACCCUCUUCUCAUGUCAUACAGGCCCUAAAUCAUAGUCAUACUGACACCAUUCUCUUUAUGUUAAUUUUGUGAUACAUCUUCAAUUAGGGGCUUCUUCCAGUCAAGUGGAUGGCCGUUGAAUCCCUCUUUGAUCGCGUUUAUGAUACACAAAGUGACGUGUAAGUUUCUUGAAAUGUUACUUAGUCACAGCUAAGUACGGAGGUAUAUGAAAUGCGUUUUACAGAACCUAGUCUUAUUUAAUUGUCGUGUCACAAAAUUUUACUUUUAGCAAAAUUCAGCCACAUGGAAGCCUUCAAACAUUCUUUCCAUUUGUAGGAUAUCGUAAGCGGAUUGCAGUUGCCUUUUUUUAAAAAAACUGUUCAGCCUAACAACUUCUUAAAGUUUAAAUCGGUUGUGCUAUGAAUUUGAAUGAUCACACGCAGGAGACUUGUUCUGAAGCUGAGGUUUUUGCCAUUCAGGCGAUAAUUUCUUCGCACAGAAAGUUUAGUUUCAUAGUGAAUAAAUGGUUAAAACUAAACAAACUGGACUAAAUUUCCUCGACACAGUUUAUAAACCCCAAAGAGGUUUUAAUUUGUUUUCUUUCCUCUUUCAUUAGGUGGUCCUUUGGAAUACUCUUAUGGGAAAUGGUUACUUUUGGUACGUAAGUGGCAUUUUAUAUUGACGAGGAAAAAAGAAAAAGAAACAUUUCCCAUAAAAUAAGAAGGCCUUUUCCUUAGCAGGAAAAUACCAUUUACACUUUUUUCGUGGAUAAUAGUCACAAUUUAUUAAUAUCUUUUAAAUGCUCUUUUCUAGGAGGGUCUCCAUAUCCCGGCAUCCCUCUAAAAACUUUGUUUGAGCUUUUAAAAUCUGGAUACCGAAUGAAAAAGCCACUCAGCUGUCCAGAGAACAUGUAAGUAGCCAAACAAGCUUCAAUUUAUCGUGGUAAAUACAAAAAGGAGUCCCAUCCGAGGCCAAAGUAAGACAACCAACAAAAAAUACUGGUACUCUCAAAUUGAAAUGUAUAAAGAUGUAGAAUGAAGGAAGCAGCCACAUGGUCCCUGCUCCCACAGCCUCGCUUUCAUGAGUUAAGAACAUAUAUGAUAAGGUCCCGGAUGGCAGCAACGACCCUCUCACUGUCCCAAGAGAAAUUGAAAGCAAUGCUUUUGCAAACAUUUGAGGCAAACAAAGUACAUUUUUGGAGAUGUGCUAGUGGCAAAUGGAAGAACCAGAAAAAAAGACAUCCGGUAGUAUCGAGAAACAUAUUGUACGUGUUUUGGGUUUUUCUUGCCUCCUUAGGUAUCAGGUUAUGUUGAAAUGUUGGCAGGAGUCACCGAUGCAAAGACCUACAUUUGAGGAACUGGUCAAAGAGUUCGAUGCUAUGUUAGUGUCACUACCAGAUAAAGUUGACUCAACACGUCGAUUGGAAGAGGUAUAAGUAGGUUCACCCCUUACUUAGGUCGGCCAGUAUAGUGAUCACAUACCGUACUGUAAGAGUAAGACAAAAGUUAUUUGAAGCCGAAUUUCAGUCGGAAAGUCUAUAGUCCUCAAGGCGAGAGGUACCUGCAUUCAUAUCAGCCGGUUUAUACGUUAGUCCAUCUUUGAGACAGUUGAACAAUUUAAGUCCUGUCCAAUUUGUUUAGGACGGAUAUAGUUGAGACCGGAAGUAAACGAUUCUUUUUUCCCGGCGAAUUUUUCUUUCAUUAACGGCAAGUCAUAAUAACAAAUUAUAUCAUUAAUAAUAAAGAAAGUCUUUAUUCAAUACUCAUAAAAAGACCUAUGUACAGUGCUUCACUUAAAAAAGAAUUAAAACGAAAUUUGUACCUUAACAUCUGUUAGAACAAAAAGAAAAGAUCAUUAUGUCUCAAUAUCUCUUGAAAUAUAAUCCACGAAAAUGUUUCUCUGCUAAUUAUUAUUACUAUUACUAUUAGCAAUCACUACCAAUAUUUAACAUCUUUUCACUAAUUCCUCUUUAAAAUCUGCCACUAAGGUUUCCGAAGUAGACAUAACAGUGGGCGAAAACUGGGAGAUCGACAGAGAACUUAUCAACCUGCAGGAAGUUCUCGGAGAAGGCGCGUUUGGAAGGGUCAUGAAGGCGGAGGUGUUUGGAAUUCCCAAUAUGCCUUUCAGAUGCCAUGUCGCGGUCAAAAUGAUAAAAGGUGAGUUUUGUAUUUAGGUGUUGUAUACAAAACUAAGCUUUGCCAUUUCAUUAAAUUUUUUAUCGUUUGCCGCAAUAGAAAGAAGUCAAGACGGGAAAGAGAACAGGAAAAGGAAUAGAAUAAAAAAGUAAAGAAAGCUAAAAAAAAAAAGAGAAGAAAAGGGAAAAUAUUAAGCCUCAAACCCAGGACCAGAAGCAAAUAGGGUCAUACCGCCAGACCACGAAAACAAAAGAACAGAUGCUUUUUGAAGUUACCUUAUUUACUCUAAAGGGCGAUACCUCUCCUAAGCUCCGUACUUUGAAGCAAAAUUAGGGAGCUUUUAAAAGCAACGACGACGGCGACGGCAUUGAGAACGGAAAAAAGCAAUAGGUUUAGAUUGGCAAAAUAACUAUACACGACGAGCAUUACACUUUUUUUUACUUUUCUUUGCCGUCACUGCACGACUACGACGUGAAAAUGCCUAUUUAACGUUUUUUUUGGAGAACGUGAACACAAGACAAAGGCUUUCUUUUUCUUUUCUUUAACUUUGAUACAGUCUUCUAGAAAUCAACUCAAGAAAAAAAAAAUGUUAUCAUUUGACGAAUUGAACGAGAUGAAAUAAGCGCGAAAAAGUUUGAAGCAGCGCGACAAGCCAUAGCCGCGGUAGGCCACAGGGUAAGACAUGGCACAGGCUUAUCAGUGGCCUAGCGCAGGUUUUGUAUACACACCCGAAGAAGGCAAUUCCCUUAAACAUUUCUUAGCAGCUAAUUUUCCUACUGUGAUCUCGCUAUAGUUUGGAAAAGGAUUCUCCAAUUUUUUCCGAUACAACUACUGUGAUCCCCCCGUCUAUUUCCAAGAACGAAGUAUUCCAUCUCCUGCUAAUUAAUUGUGAGAUGGAUUGAGCAAGUAGAAUGUUUUAAAAAUGUAUGCCCCACUGCAGAAUAGCGACUUAAACUUUGAUACCUUGUUUAAGUGAAACAAAAGAACAACAACACAAAAAUAUGAGACAAAAAUAGGCGGGUACUCGUGGUUUUUAGGCACUUUUAUACUAAGGUGUUCGAAAGCGUCCGCCUCGAAAGCCCCACAUCGAAACCAUCGUUUUGGCGUUGUUUCUGGUAGUCCACACUCAAACAUCGAAAACGCCUAUUUGCAUGGCAAUGAGUCUUCGCAGUCGCCAGGUUAUUCUCAGAUAUUUGUAUUAUUUAGCGCGCCUACUCCAAGUAACAGUGCUACUUCCUUCUUUUCCCGCCAUUUUUGACUUGUUAAAUAUACAAGUGUUCAAAAACUUAAUGGAGGUCUUCUAAAACCUCCAUUUUUUGUAGUAUGAGCACAAGACCAGAAGGCCCAAAAAUGCUUGCGUUUUCAAACGAAUGCAAGUUAGCGUGGUGGAGGUCAUAUAAUACUUAAAUAGUUAACAUUAGGACUGUUAUGUCAAUUCCUGCAUUUCAGAGGAUGCCACAGAACAGGAACACACAGAUCUUGUUUCAGAGUUGGAGCUAAUGAAGACCAUUGGAAAACACAAGAACAUAAUCAAUUUGAUUGGCGCCUGCACUCAAGGAGGUUAGUUGACGGAGAAAUUGGGUGGAGAAAUUGGAGUUCUCCCCUACGGAAAACAAGAAAAAAUAUAUCCCUUCUGUAAACUUGAAGGUACACUCUUUGCCAUGCUGCGGAAUCUUUUUGUUAUAACGUUAUGGGUAAUAUUGAAAAUGGGUCAUAAGAACAUGUUAUGCAGCCUUGAACCAAAAAGUAAAAGCACUUUUGUUCAAUUCUACACUUGUGAUUGCUUAAAUCACAGUCGGUAUUCAGAAGUUAUAUAUUACUUAACCGAAGAACAUUGCAAGUCAUAUCAGCAAGACAAAAAAUAGAAUACCCAAGAUUUCGUAAAAUUAGAGGUGUUUUUUUUUUUUUUUUUUUAAAAAAAAGAAUGCAUUUUUACAAUGCUAAACUGUUAUUAUUCCUUUUAUCCUUCAGGUCCGCUGUAUGUAGUGGUAGAAUUCGCUCCAAAUGGUAACUUAAGACAGUUCUUGAGGGAAAGGAGGCCAACCAGGGAAAUCCCCACAACCUUAACUGCAUUGAGAGACAGGAGGCCAGUCAGAGAAAACGGUUCAACACUGACACACAUGGACCUGGUUUGCUUCUCGUAUCAGGUCUGCAGAGGAAUGGAAUAUCUGUCUUCGAAAAAGGUGUGUGUCAAGAUGUGGUAUUUUUCAGAUGACUGCCGGAAUAAGUGAGCGUUUUACUCACACCAUGCACUGCGUGAAAUAAGUGAUUUAGUGGAAUUUGGGAAUUUGGAAUGUGUGUGCUAAUGUGGUGUCGGUAUUGAGGGGUCAGUGAUGUAGUUUUGGCAAGAAUCCUUUUCCAACCCAACUUCAACGGUGAAAACAUAUCAUGAUGUUAGAUUCCUUUUGUCAUUGUUCUGUUCAGUUUUGUUACUUUUAUUGUUUAGGUUGCAUUUAAGUAUUGAUCAAACCCAGUGGGCGCUGAUUCGAGUUUUCGCGAGCUACGAGUUACCGAGGGCUCGAUCUUUGGCAAGCCUUCCGUGCAUGAAAAGAGAAGUCAUCAGCUAAGGCUUAGGUCAAUAACAAAUUUCUUAUCUUUUUAUUAGUGUAUUCAUCGUGAUCUUGCGGCCAGAAACGUUUUAGUUGCGGAGGAUAAUACGAUGAAAAUUGCAGACUUCGGUCUAUGUAGAGACGUGCAUCUAAAGGGUUAUUACAGAAAAACAACAGACGUGAGUAUUUCUUAGUAUAGUGUGCUUGAAGCGCUUAAACGAUCCUAAAAAUAUGGUUGAUUUUCAAACAAGAGGCUACACCUCUUCAAUGAAUGUCCCCCUCCCCUUUUCAAGAAGAUAACGCAUUGUCGAUAGAGAAAAGUCAUUUUCGUCCUGGGUGUUACGAUACAGUUAUCAAUUCGUUACAAUUUUCAUUUUUAUUUCCCGUCCAUGUGCUUGUGUCAUCUGUACCAUUGUAAAAGAACUUUCGGACCAUCCUUUCCGGCCUGCCUUUUUGUAUUGCGCACUGUUUUUUCGAUCAAGUUAAAUGAUGAAACGAAGUAAAUUUCAAAGGUUUCUUCUUUUUUGCCUUUUUUGAACAACCAGAACAUUACAUUGAGCUGCCUUAUGACUGGAUCAGCAAUUUUGUCUUUUCUGAGCUUAAAAUUUCCAUUUACCUUCUUUACAUGAGGGAGGGUGCCCCUUAUUAGAAGGGCCAUCCUGGCUCCUUUGUUUCACGCAGUUCGUUUUACAGGCACGGGACGGUGCCUCUUGGGGUAGGUAUUCCCUACCUUCUUUCUGCAAGCUUGAAACCUGACGAAUAUUUUUGUAGAUAUCAACUCGAAAGAAUGGCAGCAAACGACCCUGACAGAAAGCAUUUUACGAAGGAGGUUCAUACCCUCGAAGUCAAAAUAACCGAAAACCAGUCCCAGAAAGAGAGCGAGAAAUCUGCAAUCAAUAAUUAAGCCCCCCCGAUGUAGGAACUUUUCUGCUCAUGUAAAAUCUCUUGAACCUGUAAGGGAGGGUGCCCCUAGCAUGUUAAACUUACUAUACGAAAAGAACGGCGGAAACUUCAAUGCUGGGAGGUAGAGUUCUCCUGACCUCUAUAGAAAAACCCUCUUUCCAUGUCACACAAGCCCUAAUUCAUGAUUAUACUAACACCAUUGUCUUCAUGUUAAUUUUGUGAUACAUCUUCAAUUAGGGGCUUCUUCCAGUCAUGUGGAUGGCCGUUGAAUCCCUCUUUGAUCGCGUCUAUAGUACACAAAGUGACGUGUAAGUGCCUUGAAAUGUUACUUAGUAACUGCUAAGAAGUGACAUAUAUGAAAUGCUUUUUAGUGACCCUGGUGUAAUUUAAUUGUCGUAUCACAAAAUUUAGCAAAAUUCAGCCAUACGAAAGCCUUCAAACAAGUUUUCCAUUUUUAGGAUAUCGUAAGCGGAUUGCAGUUGCCUUUUUUUAAAAAAACUGUUCAGCCUAACAGCUUCUUAAAGUUUAAAUCGGUUGUGCUAUGAAUUUGAAUGAUCACACGCAGGAGACUUGUUCUGAAGCUGAGGUUUUGCCAUUCAGGCGAUAAUUUCUUCGCACUGAGCGUUUAAUUUCGAAGUGAAUAAAUAGUAAAACUAAACAAACUGGACUAAAUUUCCUCGACACCGUUUAUAAACCCCAAACAGGUUUUAAUUUGUUUUCUUUCCUCUUUCAUCAGCUGGUCCUUUGGAAUACUCUUAUGGGAAAUGGUUACUUUCGGUACGUAAGUGGCAUUUUAUGUUGACGAGGAAAAAAGAAAAGGAACAUUUCCCAUAAAAUAAGAAGGCCUUUUCCUUAGCAGGAAAAUACCAUUUACACGUUUUUAGUGGAUAAUAGUCACAAUUUAUUAAUAUCUUUUAAAUGCUCUUUUCUAGGAGGGUCUCCAUAUCCCGGCGUUCCUCUAGAAACUUUGUUUGAGCUUUUAAAAUCUGGAUACCGAAUGAAAAAGCCACUCAGCUGUCCAGAGAACAUGUAAGUAGCCAAACAAGCUUCAAUUUAUCGUGGUGAUUGAAAAAACGAGUCCCAUCCGAGGCCAAAGUAAGACAACCAACAAAAACUACUUGUACUCUCAAAUUGAAAUGUAUAAAAAUGUAGAAUGAAGGAAGCAGCCACAUGGUCCCUGCUCCCACAGCCUCGCUUUCAUGAGUUAAGAAUACAUAUGAUAAGGUCCCGGAUGGCAGCAAGGACCCUCUCACUGUCCCAAGAGAAAUUGAAAACAACGUUUAUGCAAAAUUUUGGGGCAAACAUGGUGUGUUUUUGGAGAAGCGCAGGUGGCGAAUGGAAGAACUAGAAAAAAAGACAUCCGUGUUUUGGGUUUUUCUUGCUUCCUUAGGUAUCAGGUUAUGUUGAAAUGUUGGCAUGAGUCACCGAUGCACAGACCUUCAUUUGAGGAACUGGUCAAAGAGUUUGAUGCUAUGUCAGUGUCACCAUCAGAUAAAGUUGACUCAACACGUCAAUUGGAAGAGGUAUAAGUGGGUUCAAUCCUUACUAAGUCGGCCAAUAUAGUGAUCACAUACCGUAAGAGUAAGACAAAAGUUAUUUGAAGUCGAAUUUCAAUCGGAAAGUCGGUUGUCCGUUGUCCAUCUUUAAGUCAGUUUAACAAUUUAAGUCCUGUCUGAUUUCUUUAGGACGGAUAUAGUUGAGACCGGAACUACAGGGUUCCUCUUUUCCCUGCUCAUGUUUCUUUCAUUAACUGCAAAUGAACCCAUUCUGACACCUGAAUCAGUGGGAUUACAACCUGUACAUAUAAAUAAAUAAAUAAAUAAAUAAAUAAUAAUAAUAAUAACAAUAAUAAUGAGACAAUAACAACAAAAAGUAAACAAAUGAGAAAAUCUGACAUAUGUCACUGACAAGUCUCAGUUUAUGCCAUUAGAGCUUUGUGGCUUAGUUUUCGUGAUUCAUUGCUUAUUACAGGAAGAAAUUCACCAGGAAGCGUCGCCUAUGAUUCCAUUGGCAACAAGAGCUUCAAAUUCCGCGUUAGUGUCGCCGUCAACUCUUCGAAACACUGGAGGAACUGAACAUGAAAUGGAGAAUGAUGGUAGGGACAAUGACAGCGUGUCCCCUGAUCAUGAUACCAACGUUAUUUGGGAAGUCUGCAAUCCAUCGAUGCCCACGAGACAAUUAAAAAGAGACCAGAAACCCCAGAUCCCUAAGAGAGCUGGCGAUAAAAAGGAAACAAGCGAUGCCACUUUUCCUCAGUUACCAAUAGAGACCGACGUGUGACAAUAGAUUAUAAAGAGGUGACCUCGAAUGUUGUUUGAUCAAUUACGUUUUUUAGUUGCUGAACUACAACUACGUUUUCUUUUUUCAAUCAGUAAAAAUAAAGACUUCUUGGUCAAUUUUUUAAAAUGUUUUUUAGAAACGAACAUACAGAAGGCCUAAAUGUAAUGAACGACUGUUUUAUCGUAAUUCGUAAUAAUUGUAGUAAUUUAUAAUAACUGUCGCAAUUUGUAAUAAUUUUGUAGUAAUUUGGUAAUAAUAAUAAUAAUAAUCAUGAUAAUAGGAAUAAAUAAAUCCUGAAUUUGUCUUUUAUGCUCAAGGGGAAUUUCGCGUCUUGUUUAGCUACCCUGAUGGAGGGGUGGAACAGUUUUGGGGCAACUACCCUCCUGUCGGUGUUUGUUCCUUAUAAUUUACAUUUUCCUUCAUGUAAACAUUCAAACCAGGGGUAUGGUGUUGCAGAGGGUGUGAUUGCCAAAAUCCCUACUGCAAAAGACUGAAAAGACACAAAAAAUUCUCCAUAGCCAUAAGAAAAAAUUGUUUCAGUUUAUGUUUUUGUUGUUCAGUGAAUAAAACCUUAAAAAAUGAGACAAUAACUAAACCUACUAAAUAUUGUAUACAAUUUUAUAGGAACUCUGUCAUUUUCAAAGUAAUAAAAAUAUCUCAAAAAAACGCACACGAACAACAAUGGUAUUCCUUGCAAAAAAGCUAAUAAACAUUCACCACAACUAAACAAAUUGCAAUUAAUUAACUUUAAAGGAGCUAUGUCACGACCUACGCAUGUGCGAGAUUUGCGCAGUACAAGCGGAAGCAACGAGCUGUCGGCCAUAUUGGAUUUGAGGAAGAUCCGUCGGUUUCUCCGAUUUUUUGUUAGAUUAACCCCCCUAGAAGUUGUCUUUAGGCAGUUUACAAUACAUUUUAUCCAUCUGGACCAUCAGGAGUUAGAAUUAUGGCCACGCGUGAGCUGGAGAGUUCCGUAAGCGGUAAGUUCCUUCGAUGUUGUUGAGGUGACAUGCAAAAAUUUGUGAAUUGUUAGAAGUAGUUUUUUUACGGUUCAAACCCGAAUUAUCGUCCUCGCAUUCCUCUCGUUUAGAAUCUCUUGUUCGUGUCGAAGCACUUGCUCAGAAAAACGAACCAACAACGUAAACAGAGGUUGUCCCUGUAACACAGAAGGCCUAAGAGAGAGUACAACUAAAGUUCUCCUUCAGCCAUGCAUUAAAGCAUUUUUUGCUUGAAAAUACUCUACGUACUUUUAACAUCCAAACUCGGAAGGCCUACCCUACGGCGUGGGCCCAGCAAAGGCCUGUUGUAAAUAGUAUAUAGAUUUAGCCGGGGCUAAAAGCGUAGCUCCAGUUGAUAAAUUCAUGAUUUAAAUCAAACAAUAAAAUCCGUCGUAAUUCACAAAUCAGUUAACUGGGGAUAUCCAUAUGACUUUUAAGGGUGGGGCUAGGUGAUUUUAGCGAAAAAAGGAUUUGCAAACUGUGCAAGAAUGAGAUUACAUCUAAAAUCUUACAUCGAGUAAAUAGUCGUAUUUGAACACUCAAUAAAUAGCAAUCACCUUUGACCACCGUAAAUUAGGCGUGGAAAACAAAUUCUUCCCAAACAAAAUGACCUAUUUGCCCACCUACACCACCUUUAUUUUAUAACGGUAAUAAGACAGUCCCGAAAUAUACGCUACAAAGGCCGUAAAGACACGAUAGUCCCUGGUGGCAGGCAAUUUGCACGUUAUAACUUAUCGGUUUUAUCUCUCUGUCUAAAUCGAGUCUAUAGGAAAGAUUUCAUUUGUGUGGCUCGCUACAAGUUUGCUUUACAAAUCUGGUUGCGCGUAAACCAGCCUUUUUACAUCAUCUCUGCGGUAAACAGAAGCACCAGGCGUUGUUUGUUCAUUGUACAGACCUGAACUGUACCGCAAAUGAUCCUCUACCUUAAGUGAUCCCCAACAUGGAUCGCAAAUGAUCCCGUGAAAAAUUGAGGAAUGGAAUGGAUCUUAGUUUGAUAUUAGAUGAAGAAUGGGGCUGUUUACAACGUAACUUGCAAGAGAAAAAAAAGAACCUUUUCUUCUCGCCUUCUAAAGAAAAAGGGAAGAAGGACACAAGAUCGCAGGUUAAUUUAAACAACGGGUAAAAAUAUUGAAUAAAUCUGGAAAGGAUUGGUAUCAGCCGUACUUCUUUCUUUGGCAAUUGCUUCAAAUUACGUUUCGUCGCUGUAAAAAUCUAAGAUAGGCAGGAUAUUACGCAGAAUUAACUCAAUUAUUUUAAACCCUAGAUUAAGCUCAACUUGAGGAAUAGAAACCUGGGCACCCUCUCCAUAGCAAAAGCUUUAUUGACUUAAACGAUUGUUUUUGGAAGUGUCGAAUUAAUUCUCAGAAUAUUUAACUUUGAUUUUCUCUGAAAUAUUAAUUCUACGUGAUUUUAAGCAAGACAUUUGUAUACCUGAGUGCCCUUUACGAGACAAGACAUGAUUUAAAAUAACAAACGUCAGAAUGUCAGUCGAAUUUAUCAAUCUGCACAGGUUUCCGUUUACUUCGAAAUAGCAGCUUGCUUAUAGUUAUAUUGUCACUAACCUGUAUUUUAUUUGUUGUGCCUUUGCUGGAGACAGUUACGAAGAAUCUAAACCUGGUAAUGACAAACCAAAAAGCGAGGUAAGCGGUAGUAAUGUUAUCCCAGAGAGAAUGUCAACAUUCGGAUUACUGUGAACAAGUAGCUAGGGACUCCAUUUAACAAACUUAUUUAGACACUGACCCCAGUACCAGUACGUUUUAAGCUUAAUUGUUAAAUUGUAACUGAGUGAACAAGACGCGGCGAUACGUAGCUAUUUUCUUGUUUCUUUCAGAUUUAAAGAUGUUUUAAAAUUAGUGUGUUAAAAGUUAGUUCUUAUUGCUUUUUUUAUUUGAACGAAGUCUUUAAUGCAUUUUUCAUUUGAAAAGCAAAAUUUUACUUUUACAAUUUUAAAAUUACAAUAAAAUUGACAUGAUGAUCCGCUAACUUGGGUCCAAGCCAUUCCUAUUAUUUUGGGAUCAUUUGCGGUCCAGUUUGGGGAUUAUUUACGGUAGAGGAUCAUUUGUGUUCCAUUUUGGGCAUCAUUUGCGGUACUGUACAGAACUGGGACAGAAUUUAUGUCAUUUUUUGCCCUUUUUAAAAAAAAGGAAUUCACCAUUAUACGGGACUAUUCAGUCAGGUCAAUCUGCCAUUAUGUAGUACGCAGGCGUAAUAAUGGGCUUUGCUCAAAAACGUUCGAAAAAUAAUAUUUUAAUUCAAUUUGCAAAGUCACCCGUCCUACCAGCCACUUUUGAAUUUUGCCAAGCGCCAAACUUGCUGUGCUAGCUGCUGGCGUUUGAAUACUGGAAGUGUGGAAAAGUCUGUCAAAGUCAGGAUAUUCAGUAUCACACUUUUUUCCUACUCAUCAACCCCUUAUCAUUCUUUACUUAGUUCUACUCUUCUCAGGGGUGUGGAAGUGUAUAAGAGAGGCAUGCAAGGAAAGUGCAACAUUAAACUCAGUUUGUCAGACUACUGCACACUUGCACACCUCUGAGAAGUGUAGAACCAAGUAAAAGUGAAAAGGCGUUUGUGACUGGGAGAAAAGUGCACCAAUAUCCUGACUUCGUUGGACUUUUCCACACUUCGAAACCUCUGAAAAGGAUACAACUAACUAAAGAAUAACAAGGGGUUGGUGACUUGGGGAAAAGUGUGACAAUAUCCUAACGUUGGGGGGCUUUUCCACACUUCUACACCUCUGAGAAGUGUAUAACUAAGUAAAGAAUGACAAGGGUUCGUAACUGGGGGGGUGGGGGGGGGGGAGUGUGACAUAAUCCUACCUUUGUCAGCCUUUUCCACACUUCCACACCUCUGAGAAGUGUAGAACUUGGGACGAGAAAGGAGAUUAAUGUACUUUCACACCUCCACACCUAUAAGAAGUAUACAAUUAAGGAUGAAAAAGCAAAUUAGGGAUCUUGUGGCCAGCGCUGUACAUUUGUGUCAAUCCAAGAUCUGUCUCAGUACCAAAGCUGCGCUCUUAGAGUUUGUAGCUGUGGCAGCAGCGAUCGCCUCAUACAGUGUAUGAUAAUCUGGUCCAAGGAUUCUUAGCUUGCCAGACUAAAGUAUAUCUUAGCCUGCACAAAUCUGAGUUGUCCCAAAGUUGAAAAUUUGUGGAGUUAAUGCCCCACUUGCCCCACCUGUAGCGCCGCCUUUGCAAGUCGCCAUACAAAUGCCGGUUUUUCGCUGAAGUUCAAAUCCGCUGCAAUUUUUUUUCAGCUCCAGCCCAAGCUACUAUCUGGGAGAUCUGCUCGAAAAAACCUUCAUUGUUUGUCCAUCAAAUCGAGCCAUUUGUGCCGGACAUCAAGGCACGUCUGGCUUUCGUCCAGUGCCUGUGGACACUGUUGCGCCUACCAACUACAGUGGCACCUCGAUAUAACGAAGGCUCAAGGGACGACCGGCAAAAUCUGUUCGCUAUAAAGAGGUUUCGUUAUAUCGAGGUAAAAGAAAAUCGUUCGUUAUUGGCCGUUUCGGAGUUGUGUAGGCCGGAACUGGGGCGAGUUUCAAAUUUACAUUAAUUGAUAAACUGAUAAACUGACACCACCAUAUUUAACAAUUAAUGAAUGUGGCUGAGUAUCUGAGUAUUAUGGAGAUCGAGGAGGGUGUUAUCCGUCGAGGCCGUAGGCCAGGCGGAUAAUACCCUCCAAGAUCUCCAUAAUUCUUCAUAUGAUACGAAAGCCGAAUUCAAUAAUUGUUUUAUUAUUCAUUCAAAAUAAUUCCUAGUUUAAAAACGUGGCUAAAACAUGCUUACCUCCAUCGAUCCAUCGAUGUUAAGUUCAUCUUCGAUAGUGCACGUUUAGGUUUAUGCAGCUCCGCAAAUAUUCUGCAAAUAGCAGAUGUCGCCCUUCGAGUUGUCUUCUUGCUCUUCUUGCCAUGUUUUUAGCUACUUUUUUGCCUAGUUCUUACUCUUGAAACGAGUGAAAUGUCCGCCAUUUUUCAAGUUCACAAGCAAAGCAACUCAACCUCGUCCCCAGGUCUUCUCGGUUAACGGUGCUUUAACCUGCGAAAACACUGCAUUUUUGACGUCAUUUCCUCGUUAAACACAGAAUUCUUCCAAAUUUGGUCUUCAGUAACUGGUUAUGGUGAAUUAAACGUGUGCUUUUAGCCAAUCAGAAUCGGGAAAAUAUUUUGAGUGAGUAAUAAAAAAGGUUAUUUGACCAAGUUUGGUGCUCUAAGGUUGAACAGGGAUCAAGUUAUGACCCUUGAAACAUGGUUAAAGAUUCAUACAAACGUCUUUAUAAUUUUGAGAUCGCGUCCCCCAAAACCAUGUAAACUCGAUCUUUAAGAUAUUUUUCAGUUUUUCUGUCAAACUGUAAAAUUCGUCAAGCAUCUACUACUUGGAAGAAACUAAUUCGAAAAUUACUAUGUUUGCCCAUUUUCGGGAAUAUCACAGAAAUCGUGAAAAAAAUUAAGAGUUUAUAUGGUUUUGGGUGACGCUGUAACAAAAUUACAGACGUUUGUAUGGUUUUUAACUAUGUUUCAAGAGUCAUAACUUGGUCCCUGUUCAACCUUAGAGCAACAAACUUGGUCAAAUAACCAAUCUCAACAUGACCUUUUAUCUGGUGGUGUCAGUUCAUCGAUUAGAAUAAAUUUGAAACCUGCCCCAGUUCCUUACGCAACUCCAAAAUGGCCAAUACCAAGGACUUCGUUACAUAAAGGUUCGUUGUAUCGAGGUUUCACUCUAAUUCGCUACGGUGACAACUAGCACUUACACGACGGGUGCAAGGGCGGAAAUGGCUUAUGAUGGAGCCUAGUUAACAAAAUUUGCCCAAAUUCAGCCGUUAGCUAGGCAGCGACUGGUUCCGGAAAUGAUGAAGGAACGUUAAGUACUGAAUAAAACUAGCGGGAGUGUAUUAUCAGGUUUAAAAACACAAAAAUUCGAGGCUCGCCCGAUAAUACACAACUGCGAGUUUUUUGAACGGCUUCAAAAUCUCUGAUAUCAACUCAUUCUUGCACUAAUAUUUAGAUUUGGGGCUAUUUUGGUCAAGUUUAGCCGUGUCUUUAUCAGAUAUAAAGAGACUAAAUAAACAUUAAUUUCUUUCGGUUUUUUCUCCAUGAAUUAUUUAUAAGUUUUGAAGCCAACAUAGCAAAUAGACCAAAUAUAAAGGAAGGAACGAAUGGGCAAAAUUAAAGAAACUUGAAGCGGUUUGCAAUCAACUUUUUCUAACGUAUAAUAUAUCUGUUGUAUCAAUUUGAAUAACGAUGCUCUGAAGACAUAUUUCUUUGUUCUGAACAAGUGAUUUUUUCUUUUUUCAAGUUUACUGCGAAUAAUUGAACUAACCUGCCGUGAAGCAGCUUGAAUAACUUCUCCAAUUAUCAGCACUGACAUCACCUUGGCAGCUGUUUCGCCCUUUUUGGGACUCAUCAGCAUGGCAAGGCCGUCGGGUCUAUGAACGGGCGAACCCAUGUCUUAAAGACCCUUUACUAGUCAUACCUCGGAGAUGGUACGUGUGCUUCAGUGCUGAUAAUUGCUGUUGAACUCCAUGACGGAAUCAAAUAUGGUAACAAUAUGUUUUCCCAUUCUUUCAUCAGGUGGUCCUUUGGAAUAUUUUUAAGGGAAAUAGUUACUUUUGGUACGUAAGUGGCAUUGAUAUCCACGAGACAAAAAAGCCAUAGGUGGAGAAUAAUAUCUAGUAGUAAACCUUUAUUUAACUAGGGUAAUCCCUUCAGAAUACUUAAAAGUAUAUCUGUUAUCAAUAGGAGCCCUAAAUUAAGACUAAUAAAAGAGUUCAAAAUUAAUAAUAAGAAACUAAGUAACUAUAAGUUAAUAAUAGCACAGUAUAACAAUUAAAACUAAUUCUUAUUUACUAAAUAAUUAUUAUACACAACUGAGCCAUUAUAAUAAGAACUUUUCUUGGCGGUCUCAGUUCUUACUGCAGGAACGUAUAUAAAAUUGCUUCUUCUUGUUUCUCUUGAAAUAACUUCCUUAUUCAACUUAUUUCAUCACCCUAGCCCGUUGGUCAAUCUUGACGUCGCGCGGACAUCGGGACAAGGGAGAUGGCGUUUUAUAGGGACUAGGCUGCCUUUUGACGUAUUUUAAACGGUUUAUAUUCGCACUUCUAUUAACGUCUUUCAAUAAAUGAUUCUAGGUGGGUCACCUUACUCUGUCGUUCCUUUAGAAAACCUGUUUGACCUUUUAAAAUCUGGAUACCGAAUGGAAAAGCCACUCAGCUGUCCACGCAGAGAGCACGUAAGUAGCCGAACUGGUUUCGUUAUCAUUUCCCAAAUCAGUGAACCAGAAAUGGUUUCAUUGGUAUGUGUUUGUGUCGAAGAACUUGGUAUUGGUUUUGAAAAAGCUUACUUUAAACCCCACAAUGUCAUUUUAAACGCCCUGUUUCUCAAUAACCAACCACGUUUCGGUAUGUGCCCUGCCCAAAAUGGGCGCCUAACAACUCUCUUUCUAAGCAAGCUCAUCCCCAAACUCAGUCUAUAAAAUACAAAGGAUGUAAUGAGUGGGCUCUCGUCUCAGCUCCACCUCCUCGCACUCGGUUUUUGCACCUACAUCCAAAAUAACGUUCGAUAACGUAAAUAACGUACGAUAAAACGAAAACAGAGGGCUGCGAAUACAGCAAGGGAAAAAAAGCCUUCCUAAACGGUAAUCGAAGAACCGAUAGUCGUUUUGAACCCGUUUUAGCUCGGGAUAUGCGUAGAAAAUAGAACAAGGAGCCGACAGCGAUUUCCAGAAGUCAUGGAAAACAUAUUUUGUGUUUUCGUGUGAUCUUUUUCGCUUAGUCAUCAGAUUAUCUUGAAAUGUUGGCCUGAAUCGCCCACACAAAGACCUACAUUUGAGGAAAUGGUCAAAGAGUUUGAUGCUUUGUUGGUGACUUUAUCAGAUAACUGA